AUGGAUAGAGCCUUUUCGAGAAAGGUACAAAUACACGAUGGUUCCGCUGUCACUGCUGCAGCUCUUCCCAUCAAGCUUUUUCUUCUCUUAACUUUCACCUCUUUGACCAUGUUCCUCCAUCGGGAUCUCAUUCCCGUCCUUUCCCUCUGCGCUCCUUUGGUUUCGGCAAUUCCUACGAUUCGUUCCACGGCUCCGACUGUUACGGUCAAGAAUGGCUCAUACACGGGACUUCACAAUACUUACUAUAAUCAAGAUUUCUUCCUUGGCAUUCCAUACGCUCAGCCACCAAUUAAGGACCUCCGUUUCCGUGUACCUCAAAGUCUAAACGAAUCAUGGACAACUUCAAAAUCAGCAACCAAAUACCCUCCAUUCUGUGUAGGAUAUGGAUCAGAUGAUUUCGAACAAGAAACUGAUGAAGACUGUCUUUACUUAAACGUAAUCCGUCCAUCAUCCGUUCCGCUCAAUGCCUCACUACCUGUAGCCUUCUGGAUUCACGGUGGUGGUUUCUUUGAAGGUGGCACUAAUGACGCUCGUUACAAUCUAUCAUUCAUCGUCCAAAACAGUGUAGAUAUGGGGACACCAAUGAUAGGUGUCUCAGUCCAAUAUAGACUCUCUGCCUGGGGCUUUUUGGGUGGUAGUGAGAUGUUGGAAACCGGAAAUACAAAUUUGGGUUUCAGAGAUCAAAGAUUGGCUUUACAAUGGGUCCAUGAGAACAUCGGAUCUUUUGGAGGAGAUAAAGAAAAGGUUACUAUUUGGGGUGAAAGUGCUGGAGCUGCUAGUGUUGGUGCUCAAGUUUUGGCUUACAAUGGACGAGAUGAUGGAUUAUUCCGCGCCGCAAUUUCUGAAUCAGGUGGCCCAGCAGUUCUCUUUUUCCCAACUGAUUACCCCGGUGUCUAUAACUCCACAACACCCCAAAAACUCUUCACAUCCGUCGUCGCAAACACAACUUGUGCAUAUCUUCUCGGCCUCAACACCACCUAUACAGAUUCCUUGGAGUGUCUUCGUAAACUCCCCUUCUCAGAGAUGAAUGCAGCACUUAAUACAACAGCUGGUGGCAUUGGUCCUUUCUUCCCGUACAUCGACAAUGAUUUCAUCGCCGAUUAUCCCAGCAAACAACUUUCCUCUGGAAAUUUCGUCAGAGUUCCAUACCUCAUUGGUACAAAUACUGAUGAAGGAACUACCUUUGGAUCCGGCUAUGGACCCAAUGGUACUGGAAUCAACACCGACUCUGAAUUCUCAGACUUACUAAACAGCACCGGAUUGCUCACCGGUUCCGAUGCCAAUUUGGAGAUCCAGAAACUCUAUCCCAAUGAUCAAAGCGUCGGCAUUCCAAGUCUCGAAAUGUAUCCCGAGCUUUACACACCCGAGAAUCCAUUAACAGCAAAAGUUGGUCUGCAAUACCGUCGUGUUUGCGCUUACAUGGGAGAUGUCAUCAUGCAAGGUCCUCGACGUCUUACCGCCCAUUCUUGGACCAAGUUCGGUGUGCCUGUCUAUACCUAUCGAUUCGAUGUUCUUGUAAAUGGUGUACCAGCUUCCACUGGAGCAACACAUUUCCAAGAGGUAGUAUUUGUUUUUAAUAACACUCAAGGACUUGGAUAUGAUACUCUAGUCGCGGUCGAUCCAUUCGCGAACAAGACCCAGAACUACUUUGACUUGGCGCAAGAAAUGAGUCAGAGAUGGGUAGGAUUUAUUGUUCACGGGGUUCCAAAUGGGGAGACUGGAGUGAACUGGCCUAAUUACGCAGGAAAUACCACCGAAGGGAAGAAGAACUUGGUAUUCAAUGUUACGGGUAGUUAUACCGAGGAUGAUACGUACAGGAAAGAAGGAAUUGCGUAUAUUAAUGAACAUGCAUUGGAUGUUUAUGGGCUUUAA